CUCUCUCUCUCUCUCUCUCUCUCUCUUUGAAGCAGCCAUGGAUUCCUCCAAGAUCCAUGCCCUCUCCCUCAUCCUCAUGCUCUGCCUCUCCUCAGCCGCCCCCAUCCUCGGCUGCGGCUCGUGCGGCAAGCCCGCCCCGAAGCCCAAGAAGCCUGGCCACAAGCACCACCCCAAGAGGCCCAUUGUUGUUGUCCCGCCCAUCGUCAAGCCACCCGUCACAUUGCCACCCAUCGUCAAGCCACCCGUGACCCUCCCACCAAUCGUCAAGCCGCCAGUCACAUUGCCGCCGAUCGUCAAGCCGCCAGUCACCCUCCCACCUCUGCCCCUCCCACCGAUCGUCAAGCCGCCAGUCACAUUGCCGCCGAUCCUCAAGCCGCCAGUCACCCUCCCACCUCUGCCCCUCCCACCGAUCGUCAAGCCGCCAGUCACCCUCCCACCGCUCCCACCUCUGCCCCUCCCACCGCUGCCACAUCUGCCCCUCCCACCGCUCCCACCUCUGCCCCUCCCACCGCUGCCCCUCUGCCCCUCCCACCGCUCCCACCUCUGCCCCUCCCACCGGUCGUCAAGCCCCCAGUUGGCAAACCCUGCCCGCCCACGUCGGCAACGUGCCCAAUCGACACGCUCAAGUUGGGGGCUUGUGUGGACUUGCUAGGAGGAUUGGUGCACAUAGGGCUUGGCGACCCGGUGGUGAAUCAGUGUUGCCCCGUGCUUCAAGGGCUUGUCGAGCUUGAAGCGGCGGUGUGCUUGUGUACCACCCUCAAGCUCAAGCUCUUGAACCUCAACAUUUAUGUCCCACUCGCUCUUCAGCUUCUUGUCACUUGUGGCAAGACUCCUCCUCCUGGUUACACUUGCACUCUCUAGAUCAAAGUUGCUUAGAUUGCAGGACAUGCGGAUGAAUUCGACAUGAGAGGAUGUCGAACAAAUCUCUCUCUCUCUCUCUCUCUUCCCCCCUUUUCUUGAUUGGUCAUUGAUGGAUGUUUGGAUUGUAAUCUUGAGGCAUUUGUUCUUAAAUGAUUGUUGGGUGUGUUUCUUUUUCCUAGUGGACUGAUUGAAGCAACCAAGAUUCGAAUCAGCUCUUUUGUUUAUCAAUUUCAUUGUUGUCUUGAAUUUUGGUCAAAUAUCAUAUCAAUUGUACGUUGCUGGGUCUAA